AAUAAACCCUAAAUAUAAUAGUUUUGUAGUAAGGGAAACAGGACUAAUAAAUUAGGGUUUAACACUUAAUAAGAGUUAGUUGUUAUGGGAACCUCAAUGGCAUGGAGGCACUUGCCUCCGCUAAUUUAUGCAUUAGCAUUUUGCUUAAUUACUAUCAAUGUUGCUGCUGAUGAUGAUCAGAGUCCUUAUUAUGGAGGCCACAACUCUCCCUACCACCCAGCUCCACAGGCGGCGCCACCCGCACACGAACAUGAACAUGAACCUCACCCACCCUAUAUAUAUAAAUCUCCGCCUCCUCCAUCUUCAUACAUUUACAAGUCUCCACCACCACCUUCUCCAUCGCCACCUCCUCCAUAUUAUUAUAAGUCUCCUCCUCCACCUUCUCCUUCUCCACCACCUCCAUAUAUCAACAAAUCUCCUCCUCCUCCCUCUCCCUCUCCAUCUCCUCCCUAUUAUUUUAAGUCUCCACCCCCACCAUCACCUUCACCACCUCCACCAUAUAUUUACAAGUCUCCUCCACCACCAUCCCCAUCACCACCACCUCCCUAUAUCUAUAAAUCACCACCACCACCAUCUCCAUCACCACCACCACCAUAUGUCUACAAGUCUCCACCUCCUCCAUCACCUUCACCACCUCCUCCAUAUAUUUACAAGUCACCACCUCCACCUUCUCCGUCACCUCCUCCACCAUAUAUUUACAAGUCUCCACCGCCACCUUCACCUUCACCUCCUCCUCCUUACAUUUACAACUCUUCACCGCCUCCACCAAAGCAAGCCUAUCUCUACACUUCACCUCCACCUCCUAAGUAUUAAGC